UGCAUGCCGGGACGUGUCUGCUCCAUUCUUGUCCCACAUCUGUGUCGGGUUGGUUUUCCUGCGAGCCGCUGCCAAAUUUUCGGCGCUCUCCACCCGCCCCGAGUGACCCCUCUCCGCCCGCCGGAUUUUGAACGCGUGUACGGGACCUCUGCACCAUGAGACCGCGGGCUCGGGCCCUGAUUCCCGCGGACAGCCCGCUGGCGAGCUGAGAAACAACCCUCGUACGGGCGGCGCUACUUCCGCACACCUACAACACUACAGUCAGGAUAAGCGACUCUUGAUCAAAAAAGGAUGGAGACUGAACUCGAAGUCUUGAUCCAAGGCGGAUCUCCGUGGGGAUUUUCUCUAACAGGUGGAGCAGAGUAUGGAGAACCUCUUACCGUCCACAAGAUUGAAGCUGGGGGAAAAGCGGACAUUGCUGGGCAGAAGAGACUGAAGGUGGGAGACGAGGUUCUGUACAUCAACAAGACGUUCUGCAACACACGCCUCCAUGCCGUACAACUGGUGAAGAGUGCCUCCAAAACACUUAACCUCCAGGUCAAGAGACGAGAAUCGCAGGCUGAUAUCGUCCCACCCCCACCCACAGAGGAGCCCAAGACUGUCCCAGCCCAGGAGAAGGGAAGCAUGCACACAGAGUCUGUCACCAAAGUGGUCCAGCCCAGUGGAUUCGGAGGAGUCAAGCACAGAGUGAAAAAACGGCAUGACCCACCCGAGCGCCCCAGGUCCUGGCACUCCACUCACGAGGCAAUAAACAGCCACCCAGACGUCGUCCCUGACUUCGAACCCAUGCCGGUCAGCAGCAACCAAGCAAGGUACUCACAACAGAGAAGGGACAGGGCUGCUUCCUCCUUCGACUCGACAGGCAGAGAAAGCAGCAUGUUCCACGGGAGCAGCAUGGAGAACAUGUCCAAAUCCAGUUUUGUCUGCGCACAGUACCAGCCUCCUGCGAGCGCAGGCUUCCCAAAGAAGUCAGGCUCUGUGUACGACCAACUGUCCAGCACUGCUGGUAUCAAUUACAAAGACAGUCUGUCCACGAAAAAACCUGAGGAAGAGGAGCAUUCGUACCCCCGUUCUCAAUCACUAACAAAUAUGAAGGCCAAAGAACUGCAGCAUGCAGACAUGAGGUAUGUGAAAACGAUGUACGUCCCCGGCACAAGGCCGAAGGAGGAGGACGCAGUAUUCUGGCCAACGUCAACGUCUCCAUCAGAAAGGAAGCGUAACAGGAGCUCCGGGUCGUCCUCUGACUUCCAGGGAGGAAGCAACCGCAAUAGCCUGGGGGUUGACAUCCCCGCACCCCCUUGGAGACGUAGCUCCACCUCCCCUUCCAGUUCCUCUUCCAGCACCACCUCCCCCCAGCUCGGUCCUCAGAGCGCCCGGUCCCCGCCCCCGCCGCCCGUGCGCGACCAGUCCAGUCACAAGGCGGUCUCCAACAUGGUGCACCAUUCCAAGUAUCCGUCCUGGCCCGGGCCGUCUUCUAUGCUGGCCCCGGAGCCACAUGCAAUGUCCAAGUCACAUGACAAUCCACUAAGAAUGUUAAGCAACCCUCCCACUGGCCACCAAAGGUCACCGGACUAUGUCAACCAGGAGGUGUUUUCUCAUUACAACGACCAAAGAGGAAACCAUGCUGGUAACGGAAAACGUGGCUCACAUGGGGACCAAUGGGGUUCAUUCUCCCAGCCUUCCGACCACCAGCGGCCAUACCCUCAGCUCACUGCUGUAGUACAUCCAGUCCAACCCGUCCAGCCAAGCUUUGCGGACACAGUGGAGAUCGGUCAGAACGGCACCUAUAAGGUCCAGAAGGAAGGGGGCAAGGAGAUGGAGAAGGUGGAGUUUAGGGUACAAAUCAACAUGGACGGGACUCCAAGAUAUCCUAGUGACAGAAGAGUGCCUUCCCCUCCUGAGAGAGACUUGUCCCCGGAGAAACAGGUCUCCCCAGCUGCAAAACAGCUCUCUCCAACUUCAUCCUCAAGGGAUCAGAACUUGAACUACAUCAACAACCUGCAGAAGAAGUCCCCCAAGUACGAGGACUCUGGGUUUUACUAUGAGGAGAAGCCAACAGAAGGCACGGUGGCUGCACACAACUAUCGCAAUGAGAGGGAGAGGCAGCAGGGACCAAACCAAUGGUACAACAACAAAAGCAAUAACCACUACAGCCGGGAGUUUAAACAUACCGAGCCGCCAGACCACGACAAACAGAAGUUGACAAGAGAGGUGGGUAAGCCCGAUCCCAGACACUCGUCGCUUUCAGGGCAUCAUUCAAGCAGCACAGAAAAUGUUACAAGAGAAGAAGGUGGGCAGAAAACUGCUGUACAGCUCUUAAGGAGCCAGUUCGAAGAUCCCCUCAAGACGCGGUCGAUUCUAAGAACUGAGACUGUUAAUUUUGGUCAGCCUGGUGGCCUGCCAGGUGGGGUAAAGAAGAUUUCGAGAGCGCAGAGUGAGCGAAACCUGGAACCCAAAUGGGUUCGAGACAUGAGAAAGGAGCGUUCCAUGCGCAACGUAAAUGGUGGCAUUAAUCACCAAGACACUCCACUUAUCUUUAACUUGUUUAAGGAGGGCAAGAAGGACCAAGAUGCAAAACUCAAGGAGAGGAGGGCCUCCAGUGAGAUGCUGGCCAUGCAUGCCAAGAAAUCUGCAACCCUGCCUGAUAACUUGAGAUAUAACCCUCCCACCUUCGACUACUGGAGACAGAUGGAGAAGGAACAGACACAACAGAAGAGUAAGAAGUCGGACCAAGGAGGGAGGACCGAUGACCAAAAGGUGAGGAUGCAAGAUGAAGAUGGAUACAAAAAUUACCUGAAAGAAGCACAGGAUAAGGUCCUCCAUCGGACAUCCUACACAAAGACUGAGUUUGAACACGUAAGACAGAGAAGUGGUGGUAGUUGGAGGAGCGGCUCUGCAGAAAACUUGUUGGACAUUGGGGAGAGAUCUCCAAGUCAGCACAGUCCGACAAGCCCCACCUGGUCCACAGGAGAACCAGCAAAGAGAAAAAGUGGGUCUGCAGAUAACCUCCUGGAUGUUGUGGAUACCCGAGUGUCUCCCACGCGGAGAAGCCCCACACACUCAGUGUCCAUGGAACAGCUUCACACUCCUGUAGAGCCAAAAGAGACAGUCGUGAGAGAAGCUAGGGAAAGCCCUAUCUCCCCGAGUCAGUCUCUAGCUCAGCUGGAGGAAAUCAAAGAGACUGAAGAGCAUCCUGAAGAAAGGAAGAGUCGAACAGUCUCAGACCCUCAGAAGAGAACAAAGAGUGUAUCUGCAGGGCAUCUUCGGCGGCACCAUGCAGCCGAAUGGGAGGCCAAACGACAACAAUGUAAGUCUGAACCCGACCUCUUACAUCAGGAGGACAAAGGUCCACAGACGCUGGACAAUCAGUAUGGAGGGUCCGUCACCUCGCUCUCAAGUGAGCACCGCUCAGAUCCUGAUGGAAGAGAAGAGGAGAGAAUGAGGAUGAGGGAGGCGUUGAAGUGGUUUUAUGAGAAGAAGACAGGGAAUAAGGUCAUCAACCGAGGAGUCUCCACCAGUAGCAUCAACAGUGACAGUGGUUACACCAGCAACAGGAACUCCCUGGCGUCGCAGAGAGCAGCAAGUGUGAGCUCGCUGGAAGGCAGCAGGGUUCAGACGCCUGUUGAAGGCACAAGGAAACCUCGCCCGUCCUCGGGACACGUUCGCGAUCCGGUAUCGCAGCAAGCCCGAGACAAGGCGCAGUCGCUGCCUCGUAUGCCCGGCCCACCCAACUUCCAAGGGCUGCAAACAAUGCCCAUACCUGGAGGUAAGGAGAUGGGGAGGCCGGCUGCACCUGUCCCCUGGAAGGACAGGAAAGCCAGCGCUCCAGCACAUCUGCAUCAGACCAUCGCAGACUUUAGACCAGCGUCGCCAUCUAAAACAGGCAGGGCCAUGUCAGUUGACUCUUCUGACGGCAGACCGAUGAGACCACAUCACGGUAUCCCCAUGCUCAAGCCUACCCCCUCUCCCACAGAGACAAAAGAAGUGGAUAGAAACAUGUCUAGUCCACAUGACAGGCUGCCUGGAGACAGGUCUUCUAAAGAAUCUUCUCCCUCAUCAGCUGAGGAGAGGGAGAGAAGGGUGUUGCCAAAGGAAGGUGACAGAAGAAAAGAGGCGUCCCCUCCAUACCAGGAGGGCAGACUCAGGAAAGUGACAGCAAAGGAGGAAAGUCAUGUGAGUCCCACGUCCGCCACAGAGGAUGAAAACUCUGCCAAACACCAUCCACCAAGAGAGGAAAAGCAGUCUCCAGUGUCUGAGGAGAGAGUACAGGGACAGGAACCAGUGCAGAAUGCACCACAGGUGGAAGUAAAACAGAGGCCGACGAAAGAGACCGUGGUGACCAUUACACUUCAGCAGAAACAGCAGAAGCCUUUACCGCCUGUUCCUGAGAAGGAGGUUUUACCAAAUGGGGUUCCUGAAGAUGGAGGAGACAACGACAGCAUCUUUGUCUUCCCUGAUGCUGAGCCCACUCCAAGUGACAGAAAACUCAGCAAUGGAUCAUCUGGAAGCGACGUGUUCAUCGAGGACAGUACCAGCCUCAGACACAAGGAGGCGCUUGUGGCGGCAAAGUCGCCCACCAGAAGCUGGGAGGAGAAGAAGUCUGUCAACGGCGUACACGAGGCAAGAGUCAGGAAAAUCUCCCCCCUGAAGGAAGAGCCGCUGCCCCCUCCACCCCCCUCCCCACCCCCUGCGGAGCCUGAACCCCCUACCAUGGAGUUCCUGGAUUUCCUGCCGCCCCCUCCCCCUGAACUGCUGCAUGAUGAGGAGGCUGGGGUUGACAUGGAGUCCCCACCCCCUCCCCCACCAGUGGAGGAUUCCCCUCGACAGGACAACCACAGGCACCACAGCCCAGCCACAGCCAGUCCUGAGCACAUCUCUCCCAGCAGACCCCACCCCAAGGCCAUGCCCCCCAGAACAGUCAGCCCCUCCGAGAUCUCCUCCCCAACAGACAGCUCGGGCUCCAAGACACCCUCACCCCCCAGCUCAGAACACAGCAGGUCUUCUUCAAGGUCAAGUUCGGAAAAGAGCGGCUCCUCGGACUCACAUACAGUACCAACGAGGGACUCCUCACCGAGUAUAGGAUCCUCCGUGUCUAGUCUUAAAGAUGAGUCGGAGAGAACACGGCAGCCGAGCGGAGAGAAGAGGAUAAGCAUCUCCCCCAUCCACAUCAGACAGAAGACGCCAGAGGAAAUAAAAACAGAUGAACUGGCAAAAGACAUCAUUGACAGAUGUGACGACAAGAACCUGAAGGAAAUCCUGAUGGAGCCGAACCACAAGACGGCCGACUACAUGCGCGAGUGUUUCCCUGAAGCUGUUCAACCUCUCCAGCCGUCUGAACGGAGAAGAAGCAGCGCCGCUUCUGUUCGCGGGAAAUCGGGAGAGGGGAAGACGUCCCAGCCUUUGAAAACAAGCAGGAGCCUGUCCGAGACGCAGCUGCCCCCCACCUCCCCGUACUUCACGGAGUCCUCCGCCAAGGCUAAGAUGAUGCUGGAGAUGAGGAGACAGCAGGAGGAGGAGGCUGAAGCUGUGGAGGAGGAGGAGGACCAGGAGGUGCUGGACCAGAAGAAGAUGGAGCUGAUUGACAGCAUCAGUAAGAAGCUGGAGAACCUGCGGAAGGCAGAGGAUCUGAUCCGGGAGGAGAUUGACCUGAACAAUGAGCUGGGACAACAGGUGACAGAGUGGGCGAAGGAGAUGACCAAGUCUAACGAGUUUGACAAGUACCAGCGGUUUGUGGAUGAGCUAGACAAGAUUACCAACCUGCUGCUGAGCCUGUCUGGUCGGCUGGCUCGAGCACAGAACGCUCUGCAGAACAUAGAGGAGGGAACAGACCCGGCUGAGAAGAGGGAACUCCAAGACAAGCGGGACCGUCUCUCGGAUCAGUACGACGAUGCCAAGAAGCUGAAGGAGAACAUUGACAACCGGAAGGACGCCGUCUCCAAGAUCCUGACCGAGUACUUCAACGAGGAGCAGUUUGCGGACUUCGAACACUUCAUCAAGAUGAAGUCGCAGCUGAUCAUGGAGUCUCGGGAGCUGGACGACAAGAUCAAGCUGGGGGAGGAGCAGCUGAGGUGUCUGCGGGAGAACCUGUCCAUGGAUACGUGAGAAAUCGUUACCACGGCAACAAAGUUUCCACGGCAACUGGUUCCAGUUCGUAGAGACUUGCACCGAAGUGAUGAUCACUGAGAACAGCAAAUCUGAAACACCUUCUCCCUGUUUGUAACUGUUCUUCUCAGUCAGGAUGCCAGACUUUUGCACCACAGCUUUUCAAGCACUAGCUGCAGGACUAUUGUGAGUCAGUAGGGGGCACUAGACAGUGCUUGCCUCUGUCUGCUGUUGUGUUAGAAAUGCCAAACUUGAACAUAUUUGACAAAGAAGAGAUAAUUACAACGAAUAUAUGAAUCUUUCAUGAUAGUGAAAUUUUUGUUUGUCCACACAUCUCACAGCAUUGUUUUUGUUGUUGUGCACAUAACUUGAAGGAAAAUUUGUUCCUUUUGUACAGAAUUAUGUAUAAUGUAAGAUGUGAUCAUUGUGUCUUAGCCUGUGAUUUUGUGCUGUCUGUGCAAAGUGCCAAGGAAGUUAGCAAGUGGCAGAACUUCAGAUUUUAUAGCGACUCUUUUGGUAGAGAGAGAGAAAGAAUAUUCUGUCCACUGCUAUUGUAUUAUUGUAAAUAUGGACUGUAUCUCCGUCGUGCUAGCAAUAAGAGGCCUGUAGGCAUGUGAGAAUGGUUGGAGGUUAUUUCUGCCAGCUUGUUGUAUAGAGUAAGACAUAACGUAUGCUGCUUGGUGUGGUCUUCCCGUGAUUUGUCCUUGACCCCCCUCCCAUCCUGAAGUAUAUUGGAGGCGAUAUCCACACCACAAGCCUGUGAUGACUUAGGGACUGUGUCACAGGUUCAGUGUUUUUAAGCCACACCAAUUUUAUUUCGUAGGUUCUCAGGUGAAAAGUAAAGAAAGAGGGUAAAAUUAAGACAUUUGUAUAAAACUGACUAUAUCCGGCUCUGUUUUCAUGUUGAUAUUCCAGUCAAACAUUUUUUUCUAAAUCUGAGAACCAGUAAAUCAAAUUGGUGUGGCAAUAUGUAAGCCAAUGCAAUUAUUUUGGAUGUACCAUUUCCACGUAUAUAGGAACAAAGUGGGUUGUGCCCCACUCUAGAAACUUGAGUUUGUUGCCAAUGAGUAAAUGACCACAGGAAAAGUGCCUGACGCAACCUGGAAAAUUAUCGGUGCUCUUCUCACAUACAGUAGUUGGAAAAGUGAUUUCUAAUGUUAUGAUUUUUAGUUCAGGUUCUGUUCUGUUCUUAUGUAGUACAUUUGGAUUUGGUUGUUUCAAAUGUUAAUUUCUAAGUAAAGUAGUAAAACAAUGAUGUUUUCUCAGCACCAAGCCUUGAGUAAUGGAUAGAUACCAGACUUUCCUUAUCUUGAACUUUGUCGUAAGAACAAGUGCGUUCUUAAGUUUAAGAAAAAACAACAGUUGUGUAGAAUUGCAACUAGCUUCCGUAGUUCACAUCCUGCAGAAUGAAAUUAGUAUUAUGUAGAAAAUGAUGAAGUUCAUUCCAGAUCUUAGGAAUUCUGCAGAACAUCAGAAGUCAAUUUAUCAUGGCAACAUAGGAGAACUGUGUAAAAUGCUACCUUUCCAUAUCUAGAUGGUAUUUUUAGAACAGUGGAGGCCACUGAAAAUGCACCCAACUAUUUGAUACACUGGUAAAGCAAAUUAUGGAACUGUCUAAGGUACUCCACAUGUAGACAAUGUAAUCUUUGUGCCUGUGUGUAAAACUAUUUCAUUGUAAAUCAUCACCUUUUCAAGAAGCCUCAUUUACAUGCGCUCUGUGUUUCAAAACUUUAAACUUUCAGAAAUUUUCCACUCUCUGAAGUCUGUAUAUUUUUGUAAAACUUAAAAAGCCUUUGUCUUGUACAUGGUCUAACUGCAACAAGUUCUUGUGGAGGGAGAGAAAAAAAUUCAAAUUGUGUAUUUUACAUGGCUGGCAUGAAGAACCCAAGUGCACAUGUGAAGGGAAGCUUCCUUUAAUCCAAAAGUGGAUGCAACAUUACCUGUGGUUGGUCAGAAGUGAUGUAACGUUAUCAGUGAUUGGCCAGACUUUUGAAGUGUUGCGUGCAGGACUAGAGAAUGAUUGACAGCGCUGCCUACAGACUACAGGAAAAUAAAGUGUGCUGUAUAAUGAA